AUGAGCCCGAAAGUCGAAGGGGUUGGGUGUCCGCCAACGAAAGGCAAGCAGACGAGCGGUGAAGGCUGUGAUCUGACAGCGACAACUGUGCUGGGCCCUUGUGGGGAACGCCUAUCCAGGCCCGCUACCCACCGGUGUAUGCAGGCCCUGAAUCGAAGCAUCCACUGUGCACCUGAAGCGCACCAUCACCUGGGCAGCGGCAGUAAAGCAACCGGUAACAACAAGAUCUCAGGCACUGAAUGGUCAAGCGACUUGCGCCGCCCCCAUGCAUCAAAUGGCGGCUGCGCAGAGCCUGUUAUUGAUUUGAUGAGACGGCACAUAGUCUGCCAGCAUUGUCACGACAACCGUAGAACCAACACCGAACCGCUCGCUAGGCAGAAAGUCAUUUGGCAUCGACAGCAACCUGCAGUCUCAGUCUUCGAGCCAGCCGCUCACGAUAUGAUCGUCGGUCCCUUCGCUCACAGACUCCCGUUCGCAACUUUAGCCUGCGGGAAGCCCAGCUUGGCUGACCUGUGCUCAUGCACGGAUGACGCCGGAGGGCAGAAAAAGAAGAAGAAAACGAUGCAAGUUCUUCGACGGCUGCCUCGCUUGCGCAUGUCUCGCAAUCUGGCCCCAGCCCUAGUCGAAGCAGGACCCCCCCCCCCCCCCUGCAGACAAGCGCGGUCUUACCUCGCCAACGGGCUGGCGAUACGAGAUGAUGGAAGCCCGUUCGUUGCUCGAUCCUGGGCGCCAUCAACACCCUCAUUAUGA